CUCUCCCUAUUGUCAAAUUCCAAGUCCUUGGGCAUUCUCUCCAUGUUGUAUUAAAAAACUCGAUGGCCUUCUCUUCUUCUUCUUAUUCUCCUCUACCAAACUAUACUUAUAGUAAUAAGAAGGAGAAGAACUGGUCUAAUCAGCGAAACCAAGAUAAAUAUAUCUCAACACCACAAGGAGGAGGAAGAGGAGCAAAACCACAAUCAGCAUUCAGUUGUUCUGGAUUUGCUCCUGUCUGUAGGUGCUUCUCAUCGCGGUGGUCAACCUUGUUCUUUAUAUUCUUAUCGUUUUCUUCCUCCUACUUCCUCAAUCCUCACCUUCUGUGCUGCUUCUAAUCCCAUACCCACUCCCCAUUCGAACACCAACAUCAUUACAAGUAUUAGUAUUAAUCCAUCUCCAUCUCCAUCUCCAUCUCCUAGUACUAUAAAAGCAGAAGAGGGAAUACAUCAACAAGGCAAAGGAAGAAAACAUAUCACCAACCCGAACAACAAGAACAAUCACAACAGAGGAUAUCAAAAGAGGAGGAGAGUACUACUCAUAACACUAAGCGUUCUCGUUCCGGUUGUUAUUUGCUUAUUUUUAUUAACUAUGGCCUGCCUUGCAUUCCUGAAUUUCAAAAGAAGAUCAAAGAGAGUUGAAGAUUUCCAGGAUCAUCAACCUGGUACCCCUAGUAGUAUUUGCAGUACUAGUAGUUUUGGUAGCAGUAGUUCUCAAUCAAAGAAGAUGAUGAACCACAAAAUUAACAACAACAAGAUGUUUUUCAAUAAUCCAGCAGCUGGUUCAUUAAUAGCAUCAUCUGUACCCAGGAGAUUUACGUGGGAAGAGAUUGAGGGUCUCACUAUGAAUUUCUCUUCUCGUGUAGUCGGUGAAGGAGGUUUCAGCACAAUUUACCUGUCUCAUUUCUCUGAUUCCAUUCUUGGUGCUCUUAAGAUUCAUGGUGGUAACAGUGAGCGUCUCAAUCGUAUGUUCAAACAAGAACUCGAAGUUCUCCUUCACAUCCGACACCACAAUAUCGUUAGCCUCCUUGGCUAUUGCGAUGAAAAAGAAGAAGGUGCUUUGGUAUUCGAAUACAUUCCGAAUGGAACUUUAUACGAUAAACUCCACCACGGAAAUGAAAAGGAGGUACUAUCAUGGAAGAGUAGGAUGUCCAUCGCAUUUCAAUUAGCCCAAGCAAUUGAAUAUCUACACGAAGAAUGCAAACCACAAAUAGUACACGGCGACAUUAAAUCUUCAAACAUUCUACUCGACGAUCAACUCAAUCCUAAACUAUGCGAUUUCGGAUUCUCUAAAAUGGGAUUUUCUUCGACUGUCAUUAAGUCAUCAAUGAAUCCAAUAAUGGGUUCUCCUGGUUAUAUGGACCCACUCUACUUAAGAACAGGAAUUGCUUCCAAGAAGAAUGACGUUUACAGUUUUGGGGUAAUAAUUCUGGAACUAAUUACAGGAAUCGAGGCAUUCUGUUCAGAGAAAGAACAGUUGCUGACUUCAGUUGCAGGUCCAAUAAUUAGAGACGCAAAUAAGGUGGCAGAAAUGAUGGAUCCAAGAGUGGCAGGAGAUUUGGUGCAAGAAGAAGCUAAGAUCAUGGCAACCAUAUCGGCGCAAUGUUUAAGACAACAGAGUAGUUUGAGGCCUUCUAUGUCUGAGAUUUUGCAUACCAUGAGAGACAAAAUCUCCUUCUAGUUCUUGAUAGAUAGCUAGCUCAUGAAAUUGAAUAACUAUACCAAAUUACAUGUGUGCAAUUACUGUAAAUUUUUCCAGAAAUGGGUUUAGCUUUGUGCACAGUAAAUUUUUUUUAUACCGCCCUAUAUACAUUGAAGAAGCAAACAAAAAAAGAAAAAAAGGUUUUUUGAAUCAAUUGGAGAGCUGAGGGGUAAACUUGAUUAUCACCUCUGAGUUUCU